AUGUACAGUAUUUAUAUGUACUCUAUCCAUGUAGGUCUAAGUAGAGAAGGCCGCUCAAUCACGUUGAAUUUGACAACAGAACUUCUUUUAUUACUUUGUGGAUAUUUGACAUUUGUACCGGCUGUGCAGGUAAACCUCAACUGUAUCUUUAUGCAUUGAUAUCCUCUUGUAAGUCGCCACACUUCUUCAGUUAGCUUGAAUACGAAACAAUGGUGUAGAUUGCUGGUUUGUAGUCAAUCCUUUGGGAUUGAUAAGACAAAGAUACGGCAGCGGAGAAAACCUCGGACCCGCGAACAGGCUGCGUAGGAGACUAUGUUUGGGGAGAACAGGCCAACAUGGGUUUCCGGUUUCCCAUCCCUACUUGUAAUGCUGCUCAAGAGUACUUUGAACCCCAAAUUUAACCAUUAUUGUAUGCUCAUUUACAUAAUACUGUGUUCGCAUAUUAACACACAUCUUCACAAGUGAAUGGGUUAACGCCCGGAACUUUUCCAUAAUAAAGGACACUUUGUUCCAUCUGGCGAUAACAGUGCUUUGAAUGAAACCUGGGGGCUGGGGGUAGACUUGCCCCUCAUGCCUGAUUAUUUGCGUAUUUUAUCACGUGAUACUGUUGUACAUAAAUUACGUUCUUUAUAUGAAAUGUUUUUCCUGUGUUAGGAAUUCUGUAUGGUUGGAGGAGUCGGUGUUCUGACUGAUUUUUUCCUACAAAUUGUUUUCUUUGCAACCGUUCUGUCCAUUGAUCUACGUCGCUUGGAGGUAAAAUAGUUGUUUUUAUGCAUUAUGAAUUUUUUAUUAUAUUUUUCUGUAGAAACUUUCGUAUAUAUAUACUACAGGAAAUGCAAGAUUGUUCGAUGCUUCUCCGUACAUUAAAUAUUUCGAGUUUUAAACCACCCUUACCUGAUGGACCGGGCCUGUUAGGUUAUAUGCUGAUAAUUACAGUAAAUAUAUGCAUGUCAAAAUGUUUAGUUUAUAUAUGUUCAAAUUAUAAACUUUUUUGUUGUUUUUAUUGUAGCCUCCGUCGAAGUAUUUAAUAUCUCCACAUGUGGUAAUUCCUGGUACGAGAUUAUUUCUAUGUUAUGUACUUUACUCAUGUAUGGCAAUAUAUGUUUAAAGCCGCUUUUCCACUAAGCGAAAUUUUGCGCGCGGAGCGGAAUUUUUCUUUGUCUUUUCUAUAAUUAGUUCCAGUCGAGAAAUCACAAGACAAAGAAAAAUUCCGCUCCGCGCGCAAAGUUCUGCCUAGUGGAAACCGGAUUUUUUUAUAUUUUAGACUUAACUAGGAACAGCUGCGAAAAAUGCAACAACAGGCAGGAAUCGAACCUGUGGCCCUGUGAUUCCGGUGCAGUGCUCGAACCAAUUGUAUACAAUUUCCGCUCGAAAUUUCCAUCAAACAAAAAAACCCUUUCAAGGAAACUAGCUGACGUGACCUAAUGUUUUCAGUGGGAUGAAGGCGUUGAAACCUAGUUGCAAACCAAAUUCUCAAAAAUGGCAUGUUUAGCGAUAAUAUACAGCUAAACAUUUUAGUCAAAGAGCAAAUAAAUAUAACUAGGCCAUUCUACGAUGAAAUCUCUAAGUAUUCCCGGUCAAUUUUAGCAAAUAUUUCAAGCACUAAACAGUGAAAAAUGCAUCGCAAAUUUCGUUAAAAGUGGCGACGCCAAUUUCGUAGCUACAAAUGUAAAAGAAAUACAAAACAAAGACGAAAAACAUUUACUUUGAAUACUUUGUCGUGACUUAGGCAUGUUUUUAAAACAAUUAGACCAGUUUAUGCUUCAAUAUUACUCUUUUAAAGCGGAAAAUAUAGCGGAACAACAAAAAUGCCGAGAACUUUGGUAUAUAUUCGCAAUACGCGUGACGUCACAGAUUGCAGCUAGGUUUAGACUGUGACGUCAGGAAGUUUCCUAUCCAGUUAUUUUACAAUCCAUGGUUCUAUCAAGCGAGAUGCCGAAAAAUCUUCAUAUUUAUACUAAUAUGUGCAGGGUGUAAUAAUUCAAAAUUUUAAGUUGUACCUGUCUGGUACUUCAAUAUACUUGAGCUGGUUCAAACUUAUAUAACUUACAAUAUACAUAAAAAUGUUACUCAACUGUGAUUGGUUGAUUUCAGUGCAGUUAGUCCAAAACAGCAGUGCACAAAUACGUAACAACAGCGCAAAAAUCUGUAACAAAAUUAUCUGAUUGGUGGAAAAACAAUGGGAUCUAAAAUCAAUUAACUAUAAGCAGUCCUCAAGUAACGACCACAGGUUGCUUCAAAACAGAACAAACAUGGCGGUAAUUUAAAAUGGUAAAGAGUUAAACAAUGGACCUUUAACCUUAUAACUAACAUUUUGAUCUAGACAAGUCAAGACAAAAAUUUCAUCACAGCUUGAAAGAGCAUCUCAAAAUUAGUAAUAUUCCAAACUUUCGUUGCGAAAUGUUGUAAAAUGCGGAUAAUAUAGCUUUGCGAAGUUUGCAAUUUUCAGUCAUUUUAGAUUACAAACGGGAAAUUGAUACCCAAACACCCGAUUUGGGUAUCAAUUUCCCGUUUGUAAUCUAAAAUGACUGAAAAUUGCAAACUUUGCAAGGCUAUAUUAUCCGCAUUUUACAACAUUUCGCAACGAAACUUGGAAUAUUACUAAUUUUGUGAUGGUCUUUCAAGCUGUGAUGAAAUUUUUGUCUAGAUCAAAAUUUUAGUUAUAAGGUUAAAGGUCCAUUGUCAAGCCGUUAGCGUUGUAUAAUGUGGGUGCAUGUGUGACUAAACAAAGCAGGAAACCUUUGUCAGCGGACGGUUUGCUAUAAACGUAAGUUAAAACUACAAUUGUUUCGAACAUUUUUAUGUAUAUUAUUAAUACGUAAUAGGAUGGUUUCUCGUGAGAUUUGGAUAAAAUAAGUACUCGUGAGUUUUCCAAAGAACUCGAAUAGCACUCGCCCUUCGGACUCUUGCUAUUUUUGAUGAUCUUUGAAAAACUCACUCGUGCAUGUUUUAUCCAAAUUGCGCUCGAAACCACCCUAUUACCUAUACUAAUUAACUGGAUUAUUUCAAGUGCAUGGACCUAAUUGCUUUUAGUAUUUUGUGCCUGAAUUAUCUUAAUGUUCAUUUCCACUUUGCCAUCCACAGAUAACCCAGAGCAGGAUACGAGAGACAGGCAGUCUCCAAAGAAGCCCGAGCCUCGAGAAUCAAACAGUUGGAGUGAUGUUUUGACGUAUUUUUACAAUCCAAGGAAAAUAUUUUCCUUUCGUCAGGAUCUUCCAAAAAGACUUAACUUUGCUUAUUUUUGGGCCAGAACCAGAAUUGUGCAAAAAGGAAUAAUGGUGAGCUAAAAGCCUUCAUUAGUUAUCAUACAAACAAAGAAAGAAAUGUCUACCUAAAGGAUUGAGGUGGAUCGUCGAUCGUGACGAGUAUGAACAACUGGUCAACCUGAAAAAAGGUUGAAACAAAGUUUUCCUGCAUGAAAUUUUUGUCUUUUUCCAGGGCCGUCGAGAGGCGUGUGGCCUGGGGCAAAACUUUCCCAGGGGCCCAUAUGACGUCAUAAUUGUAGAAUGGGAGAAGCGGUGUUUUACAAUACAUUAAACUUUUUUACAUAUUAGAGAGGUUAAGAUACCCCGGUUUCGGUGUACAUGUACGGGUACGGGUAGCAUGAUUUUGGUUAGCAAUAUUUUCGUCGAUGUCUGUACCUUUACUCGUAAUUAAGGUGCAUAUUUUUCGCAUUAUAUCAUUGUCUAUUGCAAGAAAACAGAAAAAGUAUGAUCGAAUUACAGACAUCAGUAAAACAAGAUGACACUACUCGUACCCGUAUACCGAUACCGGGGUAUCUUAACCUCUCUAUUAUUCGGCACUGGGAGCCCGGGACUUGGGAGCCCGGGACUUGGGAGCCCGGGACUUGGCAGCCCAGGACUUGGCAGCCCGGGACUUGGCAGCCCGGGACUUGGCAGCCCGAGACUUGGCAGCCCGGGACUUGGCAGCCCGGGGCAAAGUACUCCCUCCCCCACUCGGCGGGCCUGCGUUACUGUAAAAUUAUUGUAAAAUCAUGGAAACUGUGGGUUGUGAAUGUAAUUUGUGUGGGUCAUGUAUUCGUAUUAUUAAACCAAUAUCGCGCGAAAAUAUGUCUGAUAUCUUUGUUUUAUUCAGGUGUUUGCCAUCAUGUAUUUUAUAUACAUUGCAUCGAUAACUUUCAUAAAUAAAGAACAAGAUUCCCCAACUACAACAAAAGAUAUGAACGCAAAUGAUACUCACCAAAAUGUGUUGACAACAAACACUCCGAUGUCUAAAGAAAUGUUUUCACCACCAAAUAACCCUUCCGGUACGACAAACGAGGCAGUGAACUAUUUAUCAUCUGUUGUCACCAAAGAAGAAGACACCUUGAGUAAUGAAUCACAAAAACAUUUUCCGUGCAAAGAUGAGUUCAAGACUGAAGGAUUAUGGAGGAAUCUCUCGCUACGACAUUGGCCAGAGUUACUGGAUAUUUAUGGUGUUAAUGUUAUGGACAGGUAUGCACGUUGAACUAUAACAAACAUAUUCAUGAAAUAUAGCCUCUUGCGCAUGCAGGCGUCUUAAUCCCAGUGAGUUGGUCUCUACUAUACAGUAGAGAGGUUCAGAUUUGAUUUCCACUAAGUAACACUGUCUCCACCUCUCACUGGCUUAAUACGCAUUUGAUUGCAUGGUCAAUCACUGGAAAGAAUAGUGAAAUUCAUACUAUGGAAUUUGCGAUUGCAUCACUAAAUCUAUACUUUAUCCAUAGUAUGGAAAUUGCAAUUAGUGUGAAAAUUGGAUUUCCAUACUAUUUCCAACUAUAAGAUUCAUACUAUUUCCAUACUUUAUCCAUAGUUUAGAAAUUGCAAUUAGUGUGUGAAAAUUCGAUUUCCAUGCUAUUAUCAACUAAGAUCCAUACUAUUUCCAUACUUUAUCCAUAGUUUGGAAAUUGCAAUUAGUGUGAAAAUUGGAUUUCCAUAUUAUUUCCAACUAAGGGACCGGUCAUUAUUUAUGGUGGGGGGUGGCACCGAAGAGAAAAAGGUUGGGUAAUCAAAAUUUUGAGCAAGUAAAAGGUUGGGUAAAUGAAAAACAAAACAACUCAAGGGUUGGGUAACAAAAAUUUAUUGUCAUUUCCAAAGCAUGACCCACUGAAAUAUUGGAGACUGAAAAGCAAUGUCAACAGUCAUUUGUCAAUACAAUACGUGAAUCAAUCAGAGUCACUAUCUUGGUCAUUUUGACAAAACAAAUGGUGUUUCCAAAGAAAGUACAUUUGCAGACAACAUGAAACUUAUUUAGACUGCAGAAAAUUUCACAAGCCGUUAUCAAACUCAUGUCAUAGAAGUGAUAAAAGACAUGUGUGACAACUGAAUGGUAUCCUUUUGUAAAGUUUUUGGCCAGGGGUGGGUAAUUAUUUUUCAAUUUAUAUUUGAGGUUGGGUAAUCAAUUUUUUGUCUUUUUAAUGGUUGGGUCAGCAAAAUUUUUGCCACGAAAAACAUUUCUCUUCGGUGCCACCCCCCACCAUAAAUAAUGACCGGUCCCUAAGAUCCAUACUAUUUCCAUACUUUAUCCAUAGUAUGGAAAUUGCAAUUAGUGUGAAAAUUGGAUUUCCAUGCUAUUAUCAACUAAGAUCCAUACUAUUUCCAUACUUUAUCCAUAGUUUGGAAAUUGCAAUUAGUGUGAAAAUUGGAUUUCCAUACUAUUAUCAACUAAGAUCCAUACUAUUUCCAUACUUUAUCCAUAGUUUGGAAAUUGCAAUUAGUGUGAAAAUUGGAUUUCCAUAUUAUUUCCAACUAAGAUCCAUACUAUUUCCAUACUUUAUCCAUAGUUUGGAAAUUGCAAUAGUGUGAAAAUUGGAUUUCCAUACUAUUUUCAACUAAGAUCCAUACUAUUUCCAUACUUUAUCCAUAGUUUGGAAAUUGCAAUUAGUGUGAAAAUUGGAUUUCCAUACUAUUUUCAACUAAGAUCCAUACUAUUUCCAUAGUAAGGAUUUUGAAAAAAAGUUCCAGUGAAUCGGGUAGAUUAAAAGCAUCUGAUUGGUUACUGGUAGUGGUAGUGGUAGAAGUAAAAUCUGAACUUGUCCAGUAUGGGGCCAAAACGUGAAGUCAUCUGUGCAUGCUUUAGAGAAUGAAGAGCGACGUUUAAUUAGGCCUACAUACUCUGGUUAAUUUCCAUAUACUGUAGAUAUUGCUGUCAUAUUACAGACAUUGCUUGGGUUAGAGACCGAAAGAAUUCACACGCGAAUUUGCCCGGUUCUAUAUUUCCUCACACGGAAAUUCGUUAGCUGUGCUUAAAUUCGUCUGGUUUCAUCAGGUCUAGCCCGGUGAACUCUAUGAAAACUGGAAUGAUAACUCCGGGUUUGUUUUUAAAGCCAAGAUGGCGGAAAUUGAAGCCCGUGGUAUGCCCUAUAGGCCUCUACGCGGAAAUUCACUAAAUCAGUAAACUGCAUUAUUUUUCAGCCGGCUAUUUUUAAGUCCGGCUUUACCAUGGCCCUAAGAAACUAAAGCAAAUGGUCUUUCAGAAUAAACAAAUUUUAGAAACACUUCAUCGUGAAAAGCAAAGUUAUUUAACGAGUUAAAAACAUGUUCAGAAAAAACCCGCGAGAAACAUCAGCCAACUAGGGAUUUGAACUGAGCAGAGAACAAUAUGAACUUCAGUUGCAUCAAUCCUACCUUUUCGGGUAAGGUAUUUGCCACCAAAAAUGAGCAUUUGUGUGCAAAAACUGAAAAACGUCGAUCCGAAAAUCUUGUAUAAAUUUACACUCGAAUGAUUUCCAUCUACAAGACCCAUCAACUGAAAUAUUAAGUGACCACGCUGGUUGGGCUUCAGCUGGAAAAAAUAAUUGGAGUUGUUUAAAUGCAUCAUAUCGAAUGGAUGUUCUUUCUGCCCCAUUAUUAUCAUAAUUUUAAUUGCAACGUGUAGUCUUGCUGUAUAUUUUAGGUAUAUCAGUGUUCUCCCACCAAUCAAUCUCCAAUACAAGGUGGAUAAUUUAUAUAAUCUGGAUCCGGUAUCACAUGACAAUGAGAGUAUAUCAAAGUAUUAUCAGGAUUUUAGCAAAGAUUUAAGACGGACAUCGCUCAAUUAUGCAGUGGAGCUUGCUGGAUUUGUGAAAAUUCUAUAUCUAAUAACUGGUAUAUUUAUUAUCGUCACUGUGUAUCUUAUUUAUCAACUGCUGUCCACUCGACCCAGGCCGCCUAAUUUUAGAAAGUUUAAACCCAAUCCGAAGUCGAUAGUGCUUCUCACGUAUCCAAUAUUUCUGGAUGGUCACCGAAAGGUAAUUGCAUUUAUGCUGAUUUUGAAGCUUACGGAUUUCUAUUCAUACUUGCAUGUGAUUGGUUAGUUAAUCAGGGUUUGAAAUAACGACAGACAGGCACCAGUCACGUUGUCCAGUCAAACAUGUUUUUGUUCGAACACGACCCAUUUUUGGCCGGUCGAACAUUUAGUUUAUAGUUUUUAGGUAGGUUAGUUACUACUAAAAAUGAGCAUUUACGUGCAAAAACUGAAAAACAUCGAUCCGAAAAUCCGCUCCCGCGAAACCCACGCGAGAACUACACGCGUAUAUAAUACCUACAACAUUGAAGAAAUCACUCUAUUGGCCGCCAUGUUGGCUUCAUCCAAUCAUAGGGCCUUUUAUCUGGAGUUGUCGUUCCAGUCUUUAUAUAGGGUUCACUAUUUCAACCACAAGAGGGAAAAGCCUAGGAACGAGGUUGUAUUUCAACCACUGGUUUCAACCUCGUCACCAGUGCUGCCUCCUCCGCAGGCCCUCGUUGCGUCAUGGGAAGGUCACGAUUUCGAGAGGGACUGCGGAAUCUUGUAAAAUGAAUAAAUGGUAAAAGCGAAAGAAAUUUUAAAAUUAUUUUACAUUAUUUUACACGUAAACAUUUAUUACUUUUACUGAUUUUCAUUUUUCAUAUUCGUUGGGCCAUUUUAAUUAACAAGUUUCACGCCGCUUAUUUAUAUCCUGUUUAUAUUCAAGAUUAUGUAUCACUAUAAAUUAAUGUGCUGACGUGACGCCAGCGCCAUCUUUUUUACAAGAUUCCGCAGGCCCUCUCCAGAUUGUGUGUGACCUUCCCAUGACGCAACGAGAGCCUGCGGAGGAGGCAGUCACCAGCGCCCUCUGCAGAAUGCUCUGCGGAUACAGCCUUUCACAACUCCAAAGCAAACCAAAACUAUAUGUGGAAACUUAAACAUUCUUCCUGGCAUUUCUAACCGAAUUACAAGAAAUUAUAGCAUUAUUUAAAUCAUUCUGUACGUCUUGUACACAUUCGGUUGAUACACUUAAGCACGGACACGUCGUAGUUUUUUUAUGUAGAAAUCACCAUGUUUAUCAACUGGCCAUGCUUUCGAUCCAUUAGCCAGGAUUGUUAUCAGUGAAAAUAAUACAACUGACGAUGAACCAGACGUACGAAUCGAGAGCUUUACCAUGUAUAAAUAAACGCGGUGUUCCACAAAACAAAUUAACAAUUAUAUUUCUCGGAACCUUCACAGAACUUGUUACAUAUUUUAUUAUCUAGAAUAUAGAAUGUCUCGACUGCAACGCUAAUGUUAUCGUCAGCUCUUGUCUCGAGGGAACUGUUCGAGUUUGGGACUCUAAAACAACUGAGUGUAUAAGUGUUGUUGAAAGGGAAAGGUAAGUUUUUUUAAGGGUAAAUUGAGUUUUUACUUACUAUAAGAACGAUUUUAUUGUUACUAUCCAAGGGCUGCUUGCUUGGUCCAUUGAGAUACCAGUACUCGGUAGCCCCACAAUAAUUGGGUAAGAAAUAAGAAACUCAAAUGUCAUUUCUCGGCCUGUUUUAGAAAGCCACAGUGUGGGGCCAUUUACAUGCAUUCCAUUUAUCGGUUAAGUCGACUAGAAGAAAUCAUGGAAAAGAAUUUCACAUGUUAACAUUUCAAUAGAUGUUAAAAUAGAUCAUAGGGAAUUCCCUUAGGUGCACCAGCCUGUCAGUUUAUCUGAUUUAUGUAGUAUGUAUUUCAGUCGUCCGUCACAGAUUUGGUCGUUGCAUUGUUGGGAAGAUUUUGUUGCUAUGGGUUGUUCAAAUGGGGACCUCGAGGUAAUAUGAAUGAUAUAUUUGUAAAAAAUGGUCCAAAUACAACUUUACUCACCAUGUCAUGGUUAGGAUUUUAACAUUGUGCCUCUUCGUGCAAGUGUUUUUGUUUGCAUGUUCAGUUUUGGUUUACUGUUUUAUUUAACAAGAGUGGAAGGCCCAAAUAUAGAGUCACUAAACCAGUUAUUAUAGAGCGAUGAUCAGUGCCAAACGAGUUUCGUUCUUCUCAAUUUGUUUUAUUUACAAUUCAGAUUUGGGACUUCUCCAAAGAACGAAUGUGUUUUCUUUAUGAAAGUGAUCCUUGUGGAGUUACUGCAAUCCGUUACAUUUCUCACAGGUACGUUCUUAAAGGCACCUAGGUAGCACUGCUGAGAAGUAUUGUUCACAUCCACCUCCAUUAGUUUGAGCUGGAUAUUUAUCAUUUAACUUUCAGGGUGAACAAAGUUCUUUAUUAUACACCAAGUGUCUAAGAUCUAUUCUUGCAUGUCAUCAGACGAGAGCGUAUCACGUGAAUCUGGCAAUACCUUUAUUCACUGGUGAAUAAUGCAAUCUGUCCGUUAUUAUGAAUUAAAAAUUAUGGAGAUUUCUCGUUUCUUUUUCGUCAUAUUUCACACUUGGUAUAUAUAUAUAUAUAUAUAUAUACAAAUAUAAUAUAAUAAAGUACUUAUAGGCUUCGCUUCGGGAAACAUUGGCGGUCUUGGGUCCACAAAACAUACUGUUUCCCUCUGUCCCGGUUAAUAAGUGUUACCCUCGUUUUCAAAAUUACGCGACUUACCCGAAAAUAGUCUUAGUUCAAUGUCAGUUUUUUGUCACAAAAACUGCAUGCUAAAUUUAGCGAACGUAAACAAUACCGUUUUUAAUACCUAAGAAGAAUAUUGAACGAAAUGAGUGAAAGAAAUCGAUUUUUCGUCGAUACCAAGUAACCAAACCCACAGAUAGUUAAUGGACGGUUCUUUCUGACUCUUAAAUUAAAGAUGCUGCGAAGGAUGAACUUUUUACCAAGACGUAACCCUUGGUGUGACUUUUGUGAUAUGAUCAGUGUCGCAUCCUGAAUAUUUAAUGAUUUACAUACACCGGAUGAUAACGGAACCCUAAAAAUCUGCCUCAAAAUGUACCUACUUGUCUUAACUGAUAACCAUUUUCUUCAUGUUUUUUAGCAAAAUCCUUGUCGUAAGUCGACUGAAUGGUGCCCUUGAAUUUCUCGAACUUGGAGAUCGACUCUCACAUAACGUUGAUACAGAGAAUGUUGUACUACCAAGCAUGCGCAGGAAGACUCAUUCUAACCCAUCGUCGUGGAAGACUAUCAUUAAUAGUGUGUCACAUGAUCAAUUCCCUUGUCAUUCUCGUCGAGCUCAUAGCAAAACAAUCAGCGUUCUUGCAACUUACAAAGAUCUUGUUGUUUCUGGAAGUUAUGAUAACCUGCUUAAGGUAAUAAGCACAUCUUUAGUUGCCAAAGACCAUUUGCAGAUUACCAGAACCUACAAUUUCUGUUCCCAGGCUCUUUCCUCUUGUGGAGAAGGAAGGACCCUGGUAACAAAGUUGCAUAGGUUUCACUGUGAGUAGAGCUGGUCCCAUUGGUUCAUUUUCAUAAUCGAUAAAACGUUAUUAACAAUCAAUUAAUAUCGAUUAAUCGUAUUGAUUAAUCGAUUUAAAUUUGACAUGCGCCUCCCUUGUUGUCACCCAACAAUUCAGUCGGUAUUUACGUUUGGAAUUAUUGUUUACUCAAGAUUGUAGUUUGCACACUUUCUCGCGCACGCAGCUUUCACACAAGUAGACAACUGACAAGACAAUGACGAGGUUUAGUUUAUGUUGACACUUCUAAAUGGUACUGUAAAGGCCCAGAUUACUCCGGUUAUUGCUGAGUGUAAUCGAUUGUGAAAAAAACCCCAAAAUCAUCAAUUAAAACCCCAAAAUCAUCAAUCGAACAGUCGAUUAAUUGGGAGCUGCUACAAUAUCAUCCUUUCCUCAUUCCUUGUACAGCUUAUCUAAUAAUACCUUCACCUUUAUAGGUAUUUCGACCACAAACUGGCGUUUGUCUUUUCACCUUACGAGGUCACAGCACUCCUGUUACAGCACUCACGACAGAG